AUGGCUGCCGGGGCCGGGCGCCACCGGUCCGCAGCCAUGGCAUCGGCGUCGCGCUGGCACAGCUACCUCAGUGCGUCCCUGUCGCGCGAGGGACCACGGCUGCAGCGCUUCCAGCAGGCCGAGGACGUGGUGCUGACCCUGCUGGAGCGCGUCCGCCGGAGCGACCCCCGCUUCCUUGUGGAUUACUGCCAUGACUUGGAAGCCCUGGAGUUCGCCCUACGCGAUGACGACGAUGCCAUCACCCUGGAGGUGCCCCUGCGGGUUGACAGCAACACCCUGCAGGUGCGACUGUGCCGGCCCGGAGAGGGCCCAGCUGAGAACGCGGUUCCCUGGCACUGUCCACUGCCGGGCACCUGUUAUCUGGAAGUGCCAUGCCAGGUGCCCGGCUUAAAGGACUGGACCAGCACCGCUGCCUGGGGUGGAAUGGAGCAAACGGGUGGCACCGUGUGCCUGGUACCAGGCAAAGUCCUCCAGCACUUGAAGGAACUCCUUGUUUCGGCCAUCGUGCACUGCCAGCGCCACUUCCUCCUCCAACCGGGCGACCUCAGCGCUGAAGAACUAAAGGAAGAUGCCAUGGAGCUGACCCUGCUGGUCCGCGGUGGCUGGAAAACCCUCCGCUUCAACCUGGUCCCCGUGGUGAGGAGACAGCAGGAGCCGAUUGAGCUCUGUGGGCAGCGCAGCACCCGRGGCUUCCCCCAAGGCCCAGGCAGCCUCCGGAAGGCCACCCAGGAGGCCCACCUGGUCCCAGCCUCUCCCUACUGCUGGAGAUCUUCCACACACCUGCCCAUCCUGAAGCUGCUGCGGGCAGUGGGCACUCUGAAGAGUGCCCGUCUUGACAGCCUCCGCCUGCUCGAGCAGGUCCACCGCGAGGAGUGGAGGCAGGAGGCCCAGCAAGCCGGCCUCACCUUUGACCACCUCAAGAUAGUCUUUCUGUGGAGCACGGAGCUGUUUCCCUCACCGGAGGACUGGCAGGACCUGGAGGGCUCCGUCUACCGGCUUUUGGUGGUCCUGCUGUGCUGCYUGGCCAGUGCGCGCUUGCCGCACUUCCUGCGCCCCGAGGAGAACCUGCUCCAUGGGGACGCGCCACAGCUCAGCUCACUUUACGGCAAAGUGGAGAGCUUCGCCCGGGACCCCCAUCGCUUCCUGCACUUCCACUUUGGCCCUCCCGUGCGCACCGAUGGCCUGCACGCCAAUCCCGGCCUCAGAGCCCUCCUGCAGCUCCCAGCCAAGAACGAGACCUACUGGGACACGGCCUAUUUCGACCUCCUGCUCAGCCAGUUCCAGGUGUACCGGAUCCAGGACCCUGUGCGCUGCUCGGCCAUGUCCCGGCUCCUGUCUAAGGUCCAGAAAGAAGUGCUGGUGCAGAGCCCACUGCCCGAGUGUCUCCCUGUUUGCCAUCCCCACCACAUAGGCCCUUCUGCCAGCACCCCAGCUUCCCGCAGGGAGAAGAGACAUGACGGGGUUGUGGCCAACCCUAACACCUUGUUGCCAGAAGACACAGGAUCACAGGUCAUGGACUUUUUUCUCCUCCAACAACCAGAGAGACGGACCCAGCUGUCUCCUGUGCUGGGCAAGGAUGUGCCCUUGUGGUGCUUCUUUUGA